CCUCUGAUUGGCCAGUCCGUAAUGUUUUGCGCAAUAAUGAAACAUGACACAAAGAGUUUGGAUCGAGAUAUCUCCGAAGAAGGAAGGAUCUUUAAGAAAAAGGUGAGUUAUCACUUUGUUGUGCAAACAUCGACAAUAACAAGCUCCGCCUCUUUGAAGGGCCGCUGACCUCCUGUGCUGCCAUUGACCGACUAUCAGUCCUAAUUAAAGUACAUUACUUUUCCGAAGACAGAUGCGGAUCAAUGGAUCGCGCCUUGAGGCUCCGCCCCCUUGAGUCACCUGCCGGGAACUACUUUAGCAUGUGGUAUGGCGGUCACGGCCUACGGUUGCCAUGUGCCGGAAGCCGAGGACAACUUGUCCUUGCCCUCGGCUAUCGUGCGCCCGACCUUUUAAAAAAAUUAAUGUAUUUACAGCCUUUGUUUAGUGUAAUCAUUGAUCAGUGGACACACCUCAGCACAGACUAAUUGAUGAGAAAGUUUGUUUCAGGUGAAAGUCCACAAAGAUUAACCAUCGGACUGGAAGAGCCACCGCCAUCGCCUUCUCCACGUCGCUGCUUCGCAUAUGGCUGCCAGGGAAACAGAAGAUGACUCGAAGGUUCAGGAUCACCUUCCAGGAGGGCGGAGCCUCAACGCGAAUAAAGCGCCAAAUACGUCCACGGACAUGAUUUACACCAUCGAGGACGUCCCACCCUGGUACUUGUGUAUUCUCCUGGGACUGCAGCACUACCUGACGUGUUUCAGCGGCACCGUGGCUGUGCCGUUUCUCCUGGCCGAGGCCAUGUGCGUGGGCGAAGACCAGAACACUAUCAGUCAACUGAUUGGAACCAUUUUCACCACCGUCGGAGUCACCACCCUGAUCCAGACCACAGUCGGAGUCAGAUUGCCGUUGUUCCAAGCGUCGGCUUUGGCCUUCCUGGUUCCCGCACAGGCCAUUCUCGGUUUGGACCGCUGGAGUUGUCCAAGUGAUGAGGAGAUUUACGGGAACGGCAGUCUUCCACUGGACACCUCCCACAUUUGGCAACCUCGUAUCAGAGAGAUUCAGGGCGCCAUCAUAGUGUCAAGCACGGUGGAGCUCCUGAUUGGUCUACUGGGACUGCCAGGGAUACUGCUGGAAUACAUCGGGCCGCUCACGAUCACGCCGACCGUGUCGCUCAUCGGCCUGUCUGUGUUUACCACGGCAGGAGACCGGGCCGGUUCCCACUGGGGCUUCUCAGCACUGUGUAUUCUCCUCAUUGUACUGUUUGCUCAGUACUUGCGGGCAACUUCACUCCCUGUGCCGGUCUAUAGCAAGAAGAAAGGACUGCGGUUCACCAAAGUCUACAUCUUCAAAAUGUUUCCGAUCAUACUCGCCAUCAUGCUGGUCUGGCUGCUUUGUUACAUCUUCACCCUCACCAACCUCCUACCCUCGGACCCAAAACGUUACGGAUACAAGGCCAGGACCGACGCGCGCGGUGACAUCAUGACUUCAUCUCCCUGGUUCAGAGUUCCUUACCCCUGCCAGUGGGGGUUGCCUGUGGUAACGCUGGCGGGGGUGUUGGGAAUGCUCAGCGCAACCAUGGCAGGCAUUGUAGAGUCCAUCGGUGAUUAUUACGCCUGUGCUCGCCUCUCCGGGGCUACUCCGCCUCCGGUCCAUGCGAUCAACAGAGGAAUCUUCACAGAGGGACUGUGUUGCAUCAUCGCCGGACUUCUCGGGACUGGAAAUGGCUCCACCUCCUCCAGCCCAAAUAUUGGUGUUCUUGGCAUAACUAAGGUGGGGAGCAGGCGAGUGGUCCAGUACGGAGCGGCCAUCAUGUUGCUGUUAGGAUCCGUUGGGAAGUUCACGGCCUUGUUUGCGUCUCUGCCAGACCCCAUCCUGGGAGGAAUGUUCUGCACGCUCUUUGGUAUGAUCACGGCUGUCGGUCUGUCCAACCUGCAGCUGGUGGAUCUCAACUCGUCCAGAAACCUUUUUGUUCUGGGCUUCUCCAUGUUCUUUGGUCUGACGCUGCCAGCAUACCUGGACACACACCCCAAGUCCAUCAACACAGGUCUGGCAGAACUGAAUCAGAUCCUGACGGUCCUUCUGUCCACUGAGAUGUUUGUUGGGGGCUUCCUGGCUUUCUGCCUUGAUAACACCAUCCCAGGUUCUAGACAAGAGCGCGGUCUCCUGCAAUGGAGGUCUUUGUCGACCUCGUCCACCUCCUACGACCUUCCUGUCGGGAUGGCGCUCAUCCGGCGGGCGCGCUGCCUCAGGAACUUCCCCAUCAGCCCCACGUUCAGCGGUUGGACCUUGCCUGGUGAGAGCGAGGCGCAAGGAAAAGAGGAGGCGGAGCAAGAAAUAGUGAGGGAGGAGCUUAGACCAGAGGAGGAAGAUGAAAAGUCAACCAAGGUCUAAGGGCCUGACCUACUAAGAUCCAAACAGCAGGCACGAAACAGCAUGUACGAACUAUAAAUUAGUGUGUACUAUAAGUGUGUGGAAAGUAUAAUAUAGUGUGUACUAUUAGUGUGUGCAAAGUAUAAUAUAGUGUGCACUAUUAGUGUGUACAAACUAUAAAUUAAUGUGUACAAAGUAUAAAAUAGUGUGUACUAUUAGUGUGUACAAACUAUAGAAUAGUGUGUACUAUAAGUGUGUACAAACUAUAAACUAGUGUAUACUAUUAGUGUGUAUAAACUAGGAUAUAGUGUGUAGUACACACUAUAUCAUAGUUUGUAUGAUAUAGUGUGUACUAUUGUAUAGUUUGUGUACAAACUAUAAAAUAGUGUGUACUAUAAGUGUUUAAAAACUAUGAUAAAGUGUGUAG